UUCGGUAAACUGAUGAUUGGCCGCUGUGCUGACGAACACACACACAAAGAGUGCGGUGCGUACGGGAUCGCGCAUGGCAGCUGGAAACAAGAAAUACCUCAAAAAGAAGGCUGGCGGCAACGCAACUAAACGUCUGCUAACAGCUAACGAGUAUAAAAUCAGAAACCGACAAAAUUACAGCCAGUGUGCAUUAUGCUCCAGCGCUCGCCGGGUCUUCUAUGUUGUUAAUCAGACAAUGUCGCAGAGCGAGGCCCUGCGCCACUGCAAAGACAAACAUCAUAACCUCGCCGCUGUGCAAGAUCAGGAGGAUGUAAAGACGAUGAUGAACAUAGAGGACCUUGAGACGAUACUCAAGGAAGAGCAGCUCGCCUGGAUCGGCCUGUCCACCAGAGAGCCACGCUGGAAGUGGUCAUUGUUGGGGCAGACCUUCUACAGAGACCUGAACUACAGCAAGUGGAAUCCCGAACAACCAAACGACACGCAGGACAGAGAAUGUUGUGUUCUGAUGGACCACAAGGGAUACUGGCAUGACGUUAAGUGCGACCAACAGCUUCCAUUCAUCUGCAAUUACACCCUCGUGGAAAAAAACCUGACCUGGUACGAUGCCCAGUCGUCCUGCCAGGGGAACAAGAGUGAGCUGGCUACCAUAAGCAGCGAGCCAGAGAACCACAAAAUUAAACUCCUGCUCGCUGGUCGGCACAAAGCCUGGCUCGGCCUAAAACGCGACUCAUGGAAGUGGUCGGAUGGAAGUGGCUUUGCAUUCUCACACUGGCAAAAUGGAGAGCCUGCCAGUGAGAGUGACAAUGACGUCUGUGUAGUGGCCAACUUUAGUAAUGGAGCACAGUGGAAGAACCACAACUGUGACUCCCAACUCCCCUUUAUUUGCUAUCAUGUGGUUCAGCCCAUGAGGACACUAUUGGUGAGUUUGACUAUGCUGCCGAAGACUGAAUCAGUGGAUCUUAAUCAGGAAGCAGUGAGCACGGCCGUCUUGGAGCGGCUGCAGAAGAGGAUGCAGGACAGCCUACAGAUCCAACAGUUCAAUGUGAGCUGGAAGAUGCUGGAAAACAAAAGAAAAGGCUCUCACCAGGAGAAGAAGACCAAUAACAGUUGAUAAUAAGAUAAAUGAGUUUUAAAUGGUCACAUACUGUAGUUUAUAAGUUCAUAUAGUACACAAAAAUCAGUGAUGCAUUCUUGUUCACCAUUUCUUUAAUCUGAGUCAAAUAUUGAAUUAUGAAAAUUAACCAAUAUUUCAUUUGUUGCGCAUAAGAAAAUAAAAGAAUUUGUCAACCUUUUAAAAAUAUUUUUUUAAACUUGAAGAGCAUUACAGAAAAUACUGUACUGUACCUAUUGUCAUUGCCUUUACAUUUAAGGGAUUGAACACAUUUGUUACACACAAAUCCAAAUUGACAAUUCAUAACAUAACAACCUAGAUAAGGAAUAGUAUUAUUUCUCCAUAUGAUUUAAAAAAACGAAGAAAAAAGACUGUUCAAAAGUCAUUGUUCUUUAAUGUGAUCGAAAUGUCAACUACGAUUAUGGCUGUAGCAAGGUCUGUUUUUCCAAACGCUUUUAAAAACAAAAUUAAUAGGCGCUGCCUCUUAAGUCACAACACCAUUGUAGCAUUAAAAAUUA